AUGGAGAGGAAGGGCCAGGCUACCAUGCCUAGUCUAGUCUUAAUCCCAACAUUAGCCUUUGCCCAGCUCCAAUUGGUGGGAGGGAGGCCAAACACUCUGACAGUGGAGAACGUGGAGCAGUGGAAUAGCAACACAAGUGGGAGCCCUAUGGCAGCCACCAUGACCUCCAAUGCUCUCCCCAAACUUCAGAAUUUGAGCACAUAUCAACAGAAGGCUUUGGCUGCCAUCAGGAAUUCCCUGCAACCGUAUGAUGUGUCCAGUGCUUCCAGCACAACCAGUGGGAUCAGUUCAGCCAGUUAUUAUAGUGGGAGCACAGAAAGCAGUGCAGCUGGUGCCCCAAAUGGUGUGGAUCCAAGCCUUAUAAGGUUUCAUGUCGUCCAGCGUCUUGUUGCAUUGGGAUAUGAGCAGGAGGCAUGCACAAAGAUCCUUGAGGGACGACCUAUUAAUUCAGUGCUGGAGAUCUUCAAUCAGCUGCAAGGUGUAGAUGCCAGGGAGAGGAAACAAUCAAGCUCCCCUCCCAUACAUGGUGAAGUGAUGAGGAAGGUUCAAGAGGAACGUUUACCUCUCCCACCACGUGGGAAUACCAUGGACCCACCACCUCCACCACCAAGGGGAACUCUUGCUCCACCUCCUCCCCCUACUCCACCACCACCUCCUUCACCUGCUUCAGGUUCAAGAGGGGGAGAUGGUGUAGGGGUUGGGGUGCCAACAAGUGUGGCUCAGAUGCUGAAGCGAAUGUCCCCAACACCUGUGACAAGAGGUGUCCCAGCACCAUCCAUCCCACUCCGUCAGCCUGUGGUUCUUCAAAAUGGGCCACAUGUUCAACAGCAGUUGAAUCAACAGCUUCAGGCAUGGAACAUGGCAGGAGAGACAAGGGAGAGAGAGAGGAGAGAACCUCCACCCCCUUAUCCAUCCAUGGCUCAGCGAACCAGUGGGAGUCCUUCUCCAACCCCAAGCACAAGUAGCACUGGCUCCACCGGUGUGCCCAUCCCACCUCAUCCAGCAUGGGGCGGGAGGCAAACAAGAAGCCAGCCUCCUAUCAUCAUGCAUUCAGUGAGAAGUGUUCAAGUGCAGAAACCCAUUCUCCAGACAGCAGUGGCACCCUCAUCUCCAAUGACCAUCCAAUCUUCUAGUCCUGGCCCUCCUCUUCCAAUCUCAGAACCCCCAAGUUAUCAUUCAACCAUCCAGGCCAUGGCUAGUCACAAUAACAACAAUAUCAGUCCUGCAAAUAAUCAUAAUCAUAAUAACAAUAAUAACAAUGGUGGGAAUUAUGGUGUGGGUCUGAGCAGUUCAUUGGGAGUUCAUGUGUCUGCCCAAAACUCCAUCUCAUACAGUGCUUCUGUGAAUACUGUCUCCUGCAAUAAUGGCAUCAGUAACUUUGAACAUGGAAGCCAUGGGAAUUAUGGAGGGCUCCUACAGGGUGGGCCCAUGACCACAACAACUCCGGUGAUCAGUACAAUAUCCAGUGUGUUGGAAAAGUAUGCCAUUCCCUUGGUUCAAAUCCCAGUGUCAUCACCAUUGCUAGACACAGAAAGCAGUCGAUCUGAGAGCCCUGUAUCAAGUACAGGUGCUGGAAUGUCCAGCUCCCCUGUGUCAUUUGAUGGUGUCCCUUUGAAGCGAGCACCCCCACCACCCCCUCCUCCUACACCUCCAUCUCCUCAUGUAUCUCCCAUCCCACAAAGGAAGAAAAUGAGCAAAGAAAAGGAAGAGGAGCGGCUUGAGACAAAAGUGAGGAAUUAUUCACCUCAAGCCUUCAAGUUCUAUAUGGAGCAGCAUGUUGAGAAUGUCUUGAAACAAAGUGAACAGCGACAUAAGCGCCGUACUCAGUUAGAAUGUGAGAUGGCAAAAGUGGGACUUUCAGAAGAGGCUCAGGAGCAGAUUCGAAAAGUGCUCUUUCAAAAGGAGUCCAAUUACAUUCGCUUGAAGAGAGCAAAAAUGGAUAAGUCCAUGUUUCGCAAGAUCAAAACCAUUGGUGUUGGUGCAUUUGGGGAGGUAGCCCUGGUGAAGAAGUUAGAUGGGAAUGGCCUAUAUGCAAUGAAGACCCUUCGGAAGACAGAUGUCCUGAAGAGGAACCAGGUGGCCCAUGUGAAAGCAGAAAGAGACAUAUUAGCAGAGGCCAACUGUGAAUGGGUUGUCAAACUUUAUUAUUCUUUCCAGGAUCGAGAGAACCUGUAUUUUGUAAUGGAUUACAUCCCUGGUGGUGACCUCAUGUCCCUCCUCAUUCGUUUUGGAAUCUUCUCUGAAUCUCUGGCCAGGUUCUAUGUCGCAGAGUUGGUGUGUGCCAUAGAGAGUGUGCACAGGAUGGGUUUCAUCCACCGGGACAUCAAACCAGACAACAUUCUUAUAGACUUUGAUGGCCAUAUCAAACUGACUGAUUUUGGCCUCUGCACUGGCUUUCGAUGGACGCACAACUCCAAGUACUACCAGAGAAAUGGGGCACAUGUGAGGGAGGACUCAAUGGAUCCAGGUGAAGGCUGGAGCAAUGAAUGCCACUGCAAUUUGGAUGCUCAACCUCCUGCACUGAAGCCUUUGGAAAGGAGGAAACGACGGGAACACCAGCGAUGCCUUGCACACAGCCUUGUUGGCACGCCCAACUAUAUAGCUCCAGAAGUGUUGAAUCGAGUGGGAUAUAGUCAGCUUUGUGACUGGUGGAGUGUGGGGGUGAUUCUGUAUGAAAUGCUUGUUGGACAGCCUCCCUUCCUAGCUAACACGCCUGCAGAAACUCAGCUCAAGGUGAUUAACUGGGAGACCACACUCCGUAUCCCCAAGGCAGCCAACCUGUCCAUGGAAGCUCGUGAUUUGAUCCUGAAACUGUGUACUAGUCAGGAGAAAAGACUUGGGAAGAAUGGAGCUGAUGAGGUGAAACAACAUGCCAUGUUUGCCUCUGUGGAUUUUAUCAGCAUACGAAAUCAACGAGCUCCAUACUUGCCCAAGAUCCGCUAUGCAACAGACACAUCCAACUUUGAUCCGGUAGACCCGGAGAAACUUCGUACAAGUGAUUCGAGUGAGGAAAAGUGUUUGGGUCGGCAUCCAGAGGAUCUGUUCUUUGAGUUCACAUUCAGAAGGUUCUUUGAAAGUGGUGAUCACGUGAUACCGUUGAGAGUCCUGGGCAGUGAAGCACCCUCUUCAUCGGGCUCCCCCAUAUACGUCUAGUCACAUGCCUCCUGAGGAAAUCCUCCCCAUGUUUCCAUUUAUACUCAUUAGGAAUAAAAAUUGCCAUCCUUCUCAAGGAA